GGUGUUAUGAUUUUGUUCACAUUCUGUUUACCAUAUUGUGCUUUAUUGGCGGAAUCUUUCCGUGAUAACCAUGGAGGAAGUGCCCGCCAGCCCGGAAUCGCUGAGGCAACGAAGAUCUGGUAGAAAAACGAAUUACUUUAAACGACGUAAAAGAUCGUCUCUGAUUUGCGACAAGAAUAUCACGGAGAGUACAAAAUGUCCCGCCACUGGUGGUACCAGUUCACUGACGAAUGCACCAGAGCGGGUUGAUACGACCGAACCGGUAGUGUAUUCCGUUAAACAGACGGAUAUUAAUUUGCUUUAUUUCGACGAUGAUAGUGACAUCGAGUUUGUAAAUGAAGAUCCACUUGCUUCGGCUAGAAUGUUGGAAAAGGCCAACCAAAUCGAACUGGAUGGUAAGGUUCAGCAUUCGGAGGAAUUCCUCCUGAAUGUUAGGAACAGAUUUGUGAAAAUAAAAGAUCUCAUCGAGCCUGAAAAUAGUACUGUCAAGGUAGAAGUCAAGCAGGAAACAAGUGUUCAGACUCCCAAGAAAGCGAAUUAUAGCUACACUCAAUUUGACUUGGAUUCGGAAAUGUUAGGUGUUUGUGAAGCUGCCGAUAUUCUAGCUAGUCUAAAUAAAAACCCAAUCGACGAAAUAAAAGAUUGGAACAGUCCUUCAAAGAGUGUAGUUUGCAACAAAACACCAGAAACGCUCACCUCUGUAGCUGCCGGAAAGAAUCGUUGGAGUAACAUCCGUCAAUGUUCUUUGUUUAGAGAUUGUACAAGAACUUCGGAUGGUUGUCCUAGUCCUAGCCGGAUGAAUGCAUUGACAUACACUAUCGUGAAUGAUUUCAGUGAUGAUGGCACUGAGACGGAAACGAAUAUAGAUUAUUCGAAAAUCAAGUCGGAACGAUUGCGGCGACGAUUGAUAAAAAUUCAAAGUGAUAUCAACAGUCCACCUCAGUUGGUGAAUAAAUCCAGUAUUCGAAGAACAUAUUCUAGAAAAAAACAAGUGCGUAAAAGGACUAGUACUCCAAGAAUGGCUGCUGUUCGACGACUAAGUUACGAGGAUAAGGAUUUUUCAUCAGAUGAUGAAAUCAAAAGUUUUGAAAGUUUGGAUACCGACUCUGUCGAUGAAAUACCGCAAGAAACCCCGUGCAAUUCAGAUGACAAUUUGGUGUCUAGUUUUUUGAUCAAGGAAAAUUUGAGACAAUUAUCUCAGAUCUUCUCACGAUCGAACAAUUCACAGGAGAAGUCCGAGCAAGAUUCGGGCUCUCUGAAUCGAGAGCUGCCAUUCAACAGAUUCUCCCCUGAGUCAACCAAACCCAUUUCCCUUCCAGCUUCGAAAAGUAACGAAUCUCUGCACAUUCUGAAAGUGGACUGGCUGUUUCGGAGUGAUUCUGAAUCGGAACGUGAAUACUGCUCCGAAAUGAACGAAGAACACAAUUUCGACGGAGUGCAUCGGUUGCUGGACGACGACGAUGAUUUUUUGGUACAGCUAAAUUCGUCACCGAGAAAUGAAUAUGCUGAUUCCAUGAUAGUGAAGGUUGAAAUAAAUAUGGCAGUCUCAAAGGUUGUGCAAUCAAAUAAUCCAAUAUCUACUAAAAGAUGUAUUCCUCCGUUAGCCGAUAUUGACCAUGACCGCGAAAUACUUGCCAGUAAACGUUAUAAAACAAAAACCACUAAACCUCCAACGUCUACUGCGGGUGACUUCCCAUCGGCCUCUGUAAGUACCACGCAUAUUACGGGAAACAUUCCCUUGGAAAAUCUUCCCGAGAAAGACGCAUGCGCUCCGGUGAACACCGACGUAGUGCCACCUGUCGUAGGAUUUAGCACGGCAAGAGGAAACAAGAUUGCGGUGUCCGAGGAAGCGCUUCAGAAAGCGCAAGUUUUAUGGGAAGAUUUCGAUGAUUAUCCAUCUAAAGCUGAGUCAGCUUCGAGCAAGAUUCUUGCGAAAAAUGUAGCAAUGCCACCUUUUGUAGGAUUCAAUACAGCAGGAGGGAGCUCGAUUGCAGUGUCUAAGGGUGCGUUCGAAAAAGCUAUAACAUUAUGGAAUAAUUUGGAAACUGAAAUGACUUCGAAUGAUGUCCCUGCAAUAAAAGAAGAGGUGCCAUUUUGUGCAGGUUUCAGCACAGCAGGAAGAAGUACAAUAGCAGUAUCAAAAGAUGCACUUGAGAAAGUAAAAACUUUUUGGAAUGAUUUCGAAGAUUCUACUAACGAUGAGAAGAAAGCCAUUCCAUCUUCCAUUGGAUUUACCACGGCAGGAGGAAACACUAUAGCAGUGUCUAACAAUGCAUUAGAGAAGGCCAAAUUUUUGUGGAAUAAUUUAGAAGAUUCACUGAAGGAUGAAAAGUCUCCGAAAAAAGGAGAGGUGCCAUCUUUUGCAGGAUUCAAAACGGCAGGGGGAAGCACAAUAGCGAUAUCAAAGGAUGCACACGCGAAAGCAGAAGCCUUAUGGAGUGAUUUCGAACAUUUUCCUUCUAAAGAUGAGAAAGCUUCGAACUACAUUUUUGCGAAAAAGGAAAAAAUGCCACCUUUUGCAGGAUUCAGUACGGCAGGAGAAAGCUCGAUAGUAGUGCCUAAGGGUGCGCUUGAGAAGACUCAAACUUUAAGGAAUAAUUUUGAUGAUGACAUGUCUUCAGAUAGUGUUCAUGUGAAAAAAGAAAAGGUGCCAUCUUUUGCAGGAUUCAGAACGGCAGGAGGAAGCACAAUAGCGAUAUCUGCGAAUGCAAUCGAGAAAACAAAAGCUUUAUGGAAUGAUUUAGAAGUUCCAUCCAGAGAUGAGAUGGCCUCGAACGAAAUUCUUGCAAAUAAGAUGAAAUUUCGAACUGAAACAGUGGAACGUAACCAAACGAGUACCGAUGUGGUGCCACCAUUCGCUGGAUUCAGCACGGCAGAAGGGAACACGAUAACGGUGCCUCAAAAUGCACUUGAUAAGGCUAAAACUCUGUGGAACGAUUGCGAUGAUUCAUUCGUGAACGAAAAAUCCUCGAGCAAUGUUCUUGCGCAGAAUGUUCCGUGUCGAAAUGAAACGUUAAAACGUGUCCCAGAUGAGGAUUGCGACCCGAAGACUCCAAGUAAGCGCUUCAAACUAAAUGACGCGAGAAAUGUUACCCGGUUUUCAACAAGCACUCCGAACUUCCCUCUGAAAGGUCCACAUCCAGAGGGACAACAGGCCGAUGAAAUAGUCGCAGUGGAGCAGUUUUUCGCAGAUCUGGAUGAUCGAGAAUUCCAGCAUAUGCUCUGUGGAAGUGAAACUGUUUCCACGAAUUCUAACAGAGCACGACCACUCAAGCAGGUUUGCUUGAUGAACCGCUUUGAGGAGAACAAUCCCUCCGAAUUGAGCUUAUCGGGGGUUGUCCAGUGGGAUGAUAGCUUUGGCGAAGCGGUAGCUAAUCUUAGCGCAGGUGUAACGGAUGGGCUGAAGCCUGCUCAGCAUAUCUUGGAUGCUCGGGGACAAGCCAGGAAGCGUCAGAUGGAAUACAUAAAAACGAAACCGGAGUCCGAACGGAAGCCAAGAAUGAAUGUAUUUGUGGAGAAGAAACUUCAAAGCGAGCGGUGUACAAUCCAGAAAUAUGUUGGAGGUUGUAAACCAUCCCCAAAAGAUCUAGGUGAUGUUUCGGAACGGAUUAGAAUGGUAACAGCAGAAAACGUUGCGAAUUUCAAGUUCGACAUGGUCAGCUUAUACGGCCGAAGUCACUGUUUGGAAAACAUCGAUGGCUUUCCUUUGGGGGAUCCCGACGCCACCAUUAACCUGAUAGAAGACGAUUACUGUCAGGCUGGGCUGCGCGAAAUCAGUUCAACUUUUCUCGCUGCUCCUGGGAUCGAUCCGACUCUCGUACCAGAUGGAUGGAUCGAAAAUGCGUGGAAAUGGAUUGUUCUAAAAUUAUCCUCCAUGGAGCGAAAUCUUUCAUCACACUUCCACGGAAUAACAACCCCUGAUAAUGUGUACAAUCAGUUACUGUAUCGUUAUCAUGUGGAAAUUAACUGCGUAAAGCGAUCUGUGAUACGGAAGAUGUUGGAAAAAGAUGACAUACCUAGUAAACGGAUGGUUCUUUUCGUGUCUCGAGUGUUCAGGGGUCAGAGCCUGUUUGAAGCAGAAAUUGAACUGAGUGACGGCUGGUACGCUUUGAGAGCAAUCAUAGACCCCCCUUUGACGCUGGCUAUCUCCAAAGGGAUGAUAGCGGUGGGGACUAAACUGAUGAUCCAAGGCGCAGAACUAGUGAACUUAACCGAAGGAUGCACGCCUUUGCAGUUGCCAAGCGAUGUAAGACUGAGAAUCCAUGCUAACUCCACUCGCAGGGCUAGAUGGUUCUGCAAAUUAGGGUUGUAUGAAGUGCCUAAUAGCUUUCUCGUACCUUGCAAUAACAUUUUGGAUAAUGGCGGACUCGUGACCAGAUUGCAGGCGGUUGUGAUCCGCGUCUAUCCGAUGUUGUAUGUUGAUCAGACAAAAAACGGCAGCUUGGGAUCAGUUUUACGAUCGGAACGUGCAGAGCGUCGAUGUUCAGUAACGAACGAUGCCGCGAGGUUCGAAAAUUUCCAGAAGCUCUUCAGUCAGAUUCAAAAAGAGAUAGAAGUCGAGAAGAGUGAAAAACUCGUUCAUAAAUCGAAGAGCUUGCUUUACAAAUCUGCGUCAACAGCAGAGCUGUUGGAAUUAAUUGAUGCUGGUCUUGAUAUCUCAUGCAUUGAGAUUGAUAUCAGUGCAACGCAGAGAGAUGUUAUACUGGAACAUCACCGACGCAAACAGGAAGAAAAUUUACAGGAAAUAAAUCGACGCGUGAAGGAACGUAUGAAAGAUCAGAAUAGAAGACAAAAUGUAACACCAAUGCUCAAAGCUCGUGUAAUGGAUGCCCGAGCCCCCGAUAAGAUCCUACUUUUGACAAUAUGGCGUCCGCCUGAACAUCUCAACGAAAUUAUUCAAGAGCGUAAAAUAUUAGAAAUCUGCAAUACGAAAGCAAAUGGUACCAGAAAUGGAGAGCUGCAACUUACAGCAGGGAAAAGCUGUACCUACAACUUGUUGAAUCAGCCGCAAAUUGAGCUGCCCGUUGAGCGGUUUAGAAAGCUCACAAAAAUAUCGGAAAUUGAUGUCACGAACUUUCGUCCUCCAUUCAAUGAACUUGACACUAUUGGUGUUGUUGUUCAUAUUGGUAAUUUUGAGGCCAACAGAUUUCAAACGAUUUACGUCGCGAAUCUUAGUAUGAACUUACUUCGCAUUAAUUUCUGGUCUGGAAUCAGAGCGUUUGCUUACGAAGAUGUGGUAAAGCCGCUGGCAGUUCUUUGCAUCUCGAAUCUACAAUGGCGACCAAUUAAUGCUUCCAGCGUAAUUCCUAUCGCAUUCGCCUCCGAAUGUACCACAUUUAGUGAGAGUUCGAAAGCAAUUCAUUUCGUAGAUGAAUUACAAAAUUUUCACUCUUCACUGGCUACCAUCGAUUUGGAACUAUUUUCUAAUGAGUGCUGUCAGAGAAUUGAACAAAUCAAAGAGAGAAAUCUGUCGCGAAUAUCAAAUGGUCGAACAUCAAUGCAAAAUCGUCACGGAACGUCUUCCAUCGAGUGUUCAACUCCUCUCAGAUCUGUUCUAAGCAGUAUUAAUUCAACAGAACAAACCCGUACUCAUCCUUCACCAAGCGUUGGACAGUCCACCAGUUUGCAAAAGCGCAAAAUUGAGCAGUUAGCUGCCGCUUACAAAAGUCCACCAAAAUUAUCCCCAAUCAUAAUGCGCAGCAACCCUCGCGCGCGUAGAAGCUUUAAAACUCCAGCUAGGCUGGAUAGACGAAUCGAAUCAACCCACAGGGACGACACAUUAUAGUAUUUGUUGAAAAUAUGUUAUUGUUAGAUCGUUGGUUUCUAGGUUAACAAAUCGCAAUGAAUUGUUUUAGUUUUAGUAAAGUAUUUCUAUUCGUUA